UGCGCCUCAGGUGUGUUUGGAGGUGUCCUCAGUGUCUGUGCCAGGCAAGCAAAGAAAACAACAACCAAAAGCGCGUAUUACUUCAGUGUUGCUGGAAAAGAGCAAGACUAUCCACCAUUGUGCCACACUGCCAUGUCGUCUGUCACAGUUUGGUUGAUAAGCCCUGAGAAGACGAGAGGGGAAAUUGCUGAUUAAUUUACAGUGCCUGUGUCGUUGUUAUGGAAACAGUUUGUUCCUGUUAAAGGAAAGACCUGGCGGUGUGUUCCCUCAAUCUAAACAUACUCUGCCUCCGAAACACAAAUGGAGCCAUCAAGGAACUUUAAAGAAAGACAGUAAAUGCAGGAAGGACAAAAACCUACAACUAUGGUCAUUUGUAAAAACGAAAGAGGCCACCAAUGAAGAGCAGAUAUCUUUUAUCUAUUUUUAUUUUGACACUUUUUUUUUUUAAGGAGCGUUUUGUAUUUAGCAGAUUAAUGAUGGAAACUCCCUCAGCUCCUCAGAUUAUUGUGGACAAGACUAGUGUCCUGGAGGAAGCAGAAUGUGGUGAGGACGUGGAUCUGCCUACUGAUGACCAUCUCAUGAACUUGAAGGCCUUGACGGAGAAACUAAGACUGGAGACUAGGAGGCCUUCUUAUCUGGAGUGGAAAGCCCGACUCGAGGCGGAAAGCUUCAGAGAGUCCAGAAUUGAAAAAGGCCCAAUCCAAUUGGAACCUGAGGGGGAAAUUGUCCCCCCCAAAGAGACUGUAGUGAAGUCUGAUGUGAUUCAGUGCAAGUUGCCAUCAGGUGUACUGAAGGGAUUCGGGAACAUAGAUGAAGCUUUCUGUUGGCUGAGGAGAGAACUGACAGACAUGCGCUUGCAGGACCAGCAGCUGGCGAGGCAGCUGAUGCGGCUCCGCAGCGACAUCAACAAGUUAAAGAUAGAGCAGACGUGCCACCUGCAUCGCCGGAUGCUCAAUGACGCCACCUUUGGCCUGGAGGAGCGGGACGAGCUGUCGGACCUGCUGUGUGAGUGUCCGGUCACCCCGGGGCUCGGCCUCUCGGCCCCGCUGAGACUCAUCGGCGUCACCAAGAUGAACAUUAACUCUCGACGCUUCUCGCUCUGCUAGUGGCAGCGAUGGCACUCCGGGCAGAAAAUCCUGAAAACACAAAAGCCUGUCUAAUACUAUCUUUGCUCCAGUGCAACAUGAACGUCCUGGCCAUUUGUUAGAUUGUGGUGAAAUCCUUUUGACCACAAUGUUGUGAGGAUAAACCCAGAUGGAAACUCGUUUUACAGUCCCUAUAAUCAAAGAGAGAGAUUUAGGUCAUGUAUAUUAUUUAGAAAGCCGGAUUUAAGUGUAGUAGGUACAUAUAUAGUGUGUUUGCCACUAAACUACAUGGCAGCUAUAUACAGAAACCUCUCUGUCCUAAAACCGCAGAAGAGUUUAGACCUUUAGGCCAUUAUGACUUGAAAUAGAAUACAUACUGUUUUUCAACUACAGAAUAGAAAUCUCAAGCUUAUUCCUGUCCACUUUUUAAGCCUUAUCGGUUUUACUGUUACCCUAUAUAUUUCCAUAUAUGUUGGUUGUUUGCUGGGACUGUUUUGCUGGGUUUUAUCUACAAACUAAAAUAAUCAAGCACAAAUUAAAUAUUUAAAUUUAUUUGUA